AUGAAGACGAUUAUAGCGUUUCUCUUCUGUCUGAUAUUAUACGUGAAAAGUGAUGAAUACGUAAACGUCACAUAUCAACCCGCCCAAAGGCAGUUAUAUGAUUUCAAGAAGGAACAUCCACACCCAAUAGGACUGUGGACCAAAAACGCAGGAGAUCCAGUGGAAAUUCGUGACACCAUAACGAUUAACUCCGAUCAAUUCGACAACCAACUGUUAAUAGACUCAUUAUCGACGUUUGAUGGCGAGAGAAUACCUGAACGUGUGGUACACGCCAAGGGUACAGGAGCCUUCGGCUACUUCGAAGUCACGCACGAUGUCUCCAAGUAUACAUACGCUGAUGUGUUCAAUGAAGUGGGGAAGAAAACACCGUUGGUCGUCAGAUUCUCAAGUGUAUUACAAAACGCGGGAGGUAGUGAACUCGCCAGAGAAGUUAAGGGAAUGGCGAUAAAAUUUUAUACGGAAGACGGCAACCUGGAUAUUUUAUGUGCAUCACUACCUGUCUACCUAUAUAGAGACCCAGGGGAAUUACCAAGUCUGGCACAUGGUACUAAGAGAAAUCCUCAAACAAAUUUGAGGGACUUCACGAGCUUUUAUGAUAUUAUAACAUUAAAACCUUCAAAUCUUCACCAGUUCUUUUGGAUGUUAUCUGAUUAUGGCGUUCCGGAUGGAUACAGAAAAAUGGAUGCUUUUCCCAUUCAUACUUUUGAACUUUCAAAUAUACAUGGAGAGACGCAUUAUGUGAGGUUCAAUUUCAGAACUGAACAGGGUUUUUCAGCACUCACAACACCGCAAGCGGCCGCCAUUCAAGCUGUAGACCUGGAUUACUUUACCAGAGAUUUAUAUAACGCAAUUGAUUCAGGAGACUAUCCUGCAUGGAAACUAGAGAUGGAUGUGAUGACGGCACAUGAUAUACAAAAACUGGAUUAUAAUCCAUUCGAUGUCACAAGACUGUGGAAGAAUGGCACGUUUCACACUGUACCUAUAGGGAGGUUGGUACUAAACAAAAAUGUUGAAAAUCAGUUCAGAGAUGUCGAACAAGCGGCAUAUAAUCCCGGCCAUUUAGUGCCUGGUAUUCCUGGGCCGGUAGACUUUUUGUUUCGCGGUAGAAGAAUAUUCUAUAGGGACACUCAAAAUUAUCGUCUGGGAAGAAACAAUAAUAAGAUUUUGGUAAACAUGCCACUGUACGAGAAGUCGUAUGUACGAGAUGGGAGACCACCGACUAAACUUAACAUGAAGAACGCUCCCAACUAUUAUCCUAAUUCAUUCCAUGGACCAGUUCCAUAUGUGGAUGAGCACAGACCGUGGAAGAAGUUGCAUGUAUUAGAAAGUAAUGCUGUUGAUUUGGAACCCUUAUGGUAUUUCUAUAACUAUAUUCUGGAAGACGAAGCUCACAAACAGAGGUUUAUUGCCAAUCUUGCCGCGAGUCUCGUGCCAGUUACACCACCGGUGAUACAAAGAGUUUUUAAGAUUUUACACUUGAUUGAUGAAGAUUUGGCUAAACGUACUAGGGCUGCUUAUGAAGUAGCGGUUGCAGCAGUGUCAGCGGCUCAACAAGCAGCAGCCAAAGCAACUGAUCCAAGUCCUAAGCGGAAUUACCCAACUGCGGAAGGUCCACCUAAACAUAACGACACAAAAAGUAUUUAUCGAUUGGGUAUUCAUCAAGAACAUGUCUUCAUGGAUCAUCAUUGA